AUGUGCGAGUUGCUCGGACGCGUCAAAUUACCAGGUGAUGACUUCUUUGGAUCGAAGGGACUCUACUUGGGUCAGAAUCUCAGAAAGGCACAAUACGUUCUGUCUGAGAUUCAAAAUUGUGAGAAUAUCGUGGGAACAGGCUUUGUGAGAAACCUCGCUGAAGUGCUGAGUCGUCGAUUCAGUGAAGCCCGAAUCACUUCCCGAACAUCUGGCGCUGCAGUUGCAUCGGUGCAGCAUAUAUCAAAGGCAGACCUCAAGUCUUCGGAAGACGGAUAUCGCUUAGAACCAAGCGAUGUCCAGCCCACGAUUUUGGAAUUAGCAAAACUGGCUCACAUGGAGCCCUCAGAUUUUGAGAAAGUUAUAGCCCCAUAUAGGCCCAAAUAUGUUGACUUCAAGUACCAGGACUUUGACUACAGAGGGGACAAGCGUCAGGCCCUUGCAGUUGCAGCCGCAAUAUUCGUGAUUGGACUGGAACAUAUGCGCACUGCUGGAGGAGCAGAAGCACACAGAUUGUUUAGCGGAGUCGAAGCAACUCUUUUUCACAUCCAACGCUAA